AUGAUUGACAAACAACUCAGACACUACAUAGAAACCUCAACUCACAAAUGUUUUACAGAAUGCAACAGUGAAGAGGAGAGAAUAGUGGGUCUCGAAGAAUUUCUAACCAAUCUGGACCCAAGUUUGAGCGACAUCAUCCUUGAACUAUUGGAAGCCCAGCAACUUCCCACGAACAAAGCCAAUCGGAUGAUGAGACGGAUCAUGCGUAAACUCCCGGCUGAAACUCUGGAAGAGCUUUUCGAAAUCUACAAGAAGACUCGAAAACCAUAA